AUGUCAAAACCUUUGACCUUCCUCUAUCCUAUUUUCUACCGCUCAGUCCGACCCGCAUCGCAAAAAAGUCCACCGUUGAAGCAAUCUCGGUCGCAUUCCCACUCCAUCUCCACCACAACACGCCGCCGAGAGGUGAGACCAGAGCGGUAUGGGACUGCUCUUGGAGGCGGUGACAUUCCGGUAGUGUCGUCAGACACUCAAGCGCCGAUAGCGCCAGCAAAAGCAGGGAGUUCACAGACGAAGGAGUCGCAAAACGCUCCUCCCGCACCGCCUCCGGAAGAGAAUCCCGUAAAAGCUUCAAAGACGGAGGAAUUGGAUAGCGCCGAGUCUACACCAUCAACACCGACACCAGACGCGCCUCUAGUUGCGCAAUCCAACCCUCUGGAAAAUGUUCUGCGUCUUCCGUCGCCGAGUGAAGAAUCAAAGAAAGCGCCCCACCUCCAGGCCCCACGUUAUGUGCACCACGUACGUAUUUGCGUGGUCAAGUUUUUGCUGAGCUAUGCUAAUGCCUCAAAGUUUGACACAUACGGUCUAGUAAAAGACUUGGAAGCCUCAGGAUUCAGCCAGGGUCAAUCAGUGUCCAUCAUGAAAGCUGUGAGGGGUAUAUUGACGGACAACAUGGAGCUUGCGAGGGACGGCUUGGUUAGCAAGAGCAAUGUUGAGAACGAAACAUAUCUCUUCCGCGCAGCGUGCAGCGAACUCCGCACUGAAAUCGCGAACAACCGCAACACCGAGACGGAGAAGAUGCGGACAGCGCGCACCAACUUACAACACGAGGUUGACAUUUUAAAUCAGAGAAUGACACAGGAGAGUCUCACACUGAAAGACGAACUGAAAGGUAUGUUCGAUGACCGCAAGAUGGCAGUGCGUACGGAGCAGCGCAAUAUGGAAACAAAGAUUCAAGAACUAGGAUACAAGAUCACCGUCGCCUUGAACUCCGAUGCGCGAAGUGAAGUCGAGGGCUUACGCUGGGUUCUGACGCGAAGAGCUGCAAUUGCUAUUGGCAUAUCCGCGGCCUUAAUCCUAGGAACAUUACGAUACAGCAGCUAUAUGACUAAGACGCAGGAGGCAGAACGAAAGAAGUUGAAAGAGGAGGCUCGACAUGCAGACUCGGAGAGGGCGAGCCCGUCAAAUGGGGAUCAUGGAUCUGCGGGUACAAACGGGUCUCCAAAAGCCCCGGUCCUUGGCGGAGAGGCCCUUGGGGGUGAGCUACUUGUCGGCGAGGGAGGAGUCCAGUUGGGUUGAUGCUGUGCGCCACCUAGCUGAAAGCGCGAAUUUGUACGUCUGAAGUACAGCACUACGACUCCAAUCGUCAAGUGUGAGAUGCUACAAGGUCUUCUCAAAACGUAGAAAGAUGGACAACGAUUUUUCUUCAUCACGUCUCCUAAGGUAGCCUCGCAAGGUAACUGACAAUCAAGAGCAGUCGAGCAGGCCUGAAUUGCACCGCAGCAAGAUUCGCACCCGGUUCACAUUUUUAAUCGUGCCCUGAAGCACCUCAGACGGUGGUGGGCUGUGGUCAAAAU